CGAUUCACGCUUGCGGACAGACAUUCACCAAACCAAGUUCCUCUCGACCGACGCACCUAUAUGACAUACACCACGUUCCGACGUCGCUUCCCGGCAUUCCAGUUACAGAAAAAUCGUGAAGUUUUAUCGGAAAGGCGUUGAUCGAUAGUUUAAUUAAAUUAUAUUUGUGUGUGUGUUAGAUAAAAAAUGGUCAAAGAGGUGAAGGCUCUUGGCAGUCCUUGUGGAAAAAUGAUUACCUCGAGGUACCUUGUAGCCUCUCUGGGUUCAACAGGACUUGGGAUAAUCUACGGUUUAAAGGUUAACCUUCACGUAGCCAUUGUGAACAUGGUCAAAACGCAAUACCCGCCUGAGGGCGAUAACUAUCUGGAAAACAAGCUACUAGAGGACACUUGCGCUGAAGAAUUUGCUUCAAAUUCCACGAAUAGUGACAUAAAUUUAGAAGUAGGCGGUUUCGAAUGGUCGAGCACGGUUCAAGGUUUCCUGCUGAGCGCCUACUUUUGGGGCUACAUAGUCGCCCAAAUUCCGGGCGGAAGGAUAGCGGAACUCUUCAGCGCCAAAUGGGUGAUGUUUUUUUCAGUAGCCAUCAACGUAAUUUGCACCCUUUUGACCCCCAUCAUGGCCAACAUUCACUAUACCGCGUUGAUCGCUAUGAGAAUAGGGGAGGGAAUAGGCGGUGGGGUGACUUUCCCCGCGAUGCACGUUAUGUUGGCGCACUGGGCACCACCAAACGAGAGAAGUGUGAUGAGUAGCAUUACGUAUGCAGGGACGGCCUUAGGCACUGUGGUAUUUAUGCUAGUAUCUGGCAUAAUAGCAGGCACUAUAGGUUGGGAGGCUGUAUUCUACAUAGAAGGAGGUACUAGUUUUCUAUGGUUACUGGUUUGGGCAGUAUUUGUAGAAGACACUCCACAAACUCAACGGUUUAUCACAGAAGAAGAAAGGAGUUUCAUAAUUUCUGCUUUAAGCCAAGGAAAGUCCAACACUAAACAAGAAGGAAAAUACGAGGUACCCUGGAGGUCGGUGCUGACUUCACCAGCUUUCCUAGCAAUUUUGGUGGCGCACACUUGCUCUAACUGGGGCUGGUACAUGGUUCUGAUAGAACUCCCACUUUACAUGAAAAACGUUUUGCAUUUCAAAAUAUCCGAAAACGCAGUGUUGACAGCUCUCCCGUUUUUGUGCAUGUGGUUGUUCAGCAUGGUACUCAGCAAAACUUUGGAUACGCUUCAAGAAAAGAAGAUAAUAAAUACGACGAUGGCUAGGAAAAUAGCGACGGGUUGCGCCAGUAUCGUACCGAUGAUUUGCUUCAUUUGUUUGGGAUACAUCCACUGCCAGAGAACGCUAGCCGUGGCGCUGAUGACGGUCGCCGUCAUGUUCAUCGGUGGAAUGUUUUGCGGAUUUUUGUCCAAUCACAUUGACAUAGCUCCGAAUUUUGCUGGAACUUUGGUAGCUUUGACCAAUACCGUUGCUACCAUACCCGGAAUCAUUGUACCGGUAUUCGUUGGCAGACUAACGACAUAUGACAAAUCCGUGCGGCCUUGGCGCGCCAUCUUCUGGACGACGGUGGUACUGUACGUAGUCGAAAUUUUCGUCUAUAUGAUAUUUGGUUCGGGGGUGGAGCAGCCUUGGAAUAAGAUAGAAGAAUCGCCGGGCGAGACGCAGCCGUUGAAACCGAAGAUUGAAGAGACGAAGCAAAAUAGCAGGGAGGAAGCAGACAAAUCGUCGGUUUAAAUUUAAAGUAGAUAAUCUUUUUUUUUUUACUUAUACUUAUUCGUGAAGAAAUUAAAUUCCUAGAUUUUUGUACCAUUAGACGAUUUUAUGUUGUUACGUAUAGAUAAAUACUAUUGAUCAAUAUUACCAAUUGAAUGUUUAAACAAUUUUUUCGAAUGCCUCUUUGUAACAAUUUAAGCUUAUUUAAGGUUUAUUGCAAUUUUAAAUCAGUAUUAUGACGUUGAGACUGAUUCUCUUUUAUCAGCAAAUAUACUUAUAUACACAUACGUAUCUAUACAUUUAUUUAAGACUUGAAAUGCUUUUUUCCUAAAUUUGUUAAAAAAAAACAUAUAUUUAUGUUUAGGUCGAUUAAUUCAAAAAAAUUGACUUUCUGGUAAAACUGGAAGUCGGCCAUUUUGUUAAAGUAUAAGAAGUGUCAAUUGGAAAUUAUGUCUAUAGUAGGUUGGUUCCAAAUUUGAUCUUAGACACACAAAAAGGAAGUAUUAACUUAGGAAUCACCCUGUAUUUAGAUGACCAGUAAAGUUAGUACUGCUCUGUGAGGAUACAGGCAAUUCACAAAAUUUUAUUGUGACCAAGAUAGCACAAAUAAGUCCAUUGGACGUUCAUUCGAUAUACAAUUUUGGAAGUAUUAAAAAUCACUUGACCAGAGCAGGUAUCGAACUCACGACACGUCCAUUAUCUUUCUGGGCAUUCAAGCGCUAGGCGACCUCGACCAAGGAGCCACUUGAAAAAUUCUUACCAGAUACGGAAUAGAAUAAGAUUUCAAACUUCUGCUGAUAGAAUGAAAUGUAAUAGAUUUAAUUUGUUAAUAUUUAAUGACCAAUUCUAUUAAAAAUAUAUGUAGAUGGGUAGGCUAAAUAAAUAAUGACCUAAGAUGGACGUCCACUGGACGUCAAAAUAAUACUAAACUUAAAAUUAAGUCCAAAAACAGACGUCUUCUGGACAUCGAUAUGCAGCUGUCAAAUUAAUGAUCAUAAACGGACGUACACUGGAUGUCCGAAUAUGGAUAUGGACGUUCGGGCCCUCAAAUGGAUCUAAAGUGGACGUCCAUUGGACUAUGUGUGUUGUCUGGGGGGAGUUGCAUGUAUAAAAAUUCGGUAUAUCUGGUAUUUAUCCUAGUAUGCUCUAAAAAUCUAAGAAAUGUACGAUUAUUAUAGCUGUAGUUUAUAGGAUGCUCAGUAAAAAGCGGGUGCUCAUUAAAACAUAUGGGAGGUUCAAGAAAAAUACGGCAUGUACAAUAAAAAAGGUAAACUUGUAGUUUAGGCGAGUUUAAAUGCGGAUGUCCGCACAUCUCUGCAUUGACGAUUAAUAUUUGAAUUUAACACCUGUCACGUUGCCGUCUUUAUAGUCCGUUGCAAGAUAAUCUAGAAAGCGCAAUGAUCUGGCAAACUCUUGACUCGUUCGCCAACAUGAUCAGAGCCGGCUUAGGUUGAGUGUUAUUUGUUCAAAUGAUAAAGAUAAUUUUUAAAAUUUAAUUUCUACAAAGUUCCUUUUGCGGUCUAAAUUGCAUUGAAAAAAAAUAUAACAUUUAUUAUUUACAAUAUGUACAUAGGAUUUUUAAUAACAUUUAAAAUACAUAAAAAAUAUAACACGCUGAGAACUUGUAUUACAAUAAAAAAAAUAAAGGUUUUAUUUUCAAACACAUGUUCAACUAAAAAAUAUAUUGAAAAUUGAAACUGACUAAAAUUAUUAAGUAUUAAUUUAAAAAGAAUAUGUUAUUUCAAUAAAUUUAUUUUGUGGUAUAGGUAAAUGAAUUUAAAAACGUCUAUAUUUCUAAAUCACUUUCACAGUCACUAAUUUCAUGUUCUGAAAUAAUAUCACUAUCAUCAUCACUAUCAUCCAAAUUUAUUCCAUCCAGUUCACUUCUGACGAUUUAUCAACAUUAUUUUAAAAUAUCUUAGUACUCCAUUGGUCAACUGUCCGAAGUCAAUUAGGAAGACAUUAAUUUUUUUAUGGACUAAUAUGCAGAUAAUUUUUAUUUACACAAUAUACAGGGUUGAGAUAAAGUAUGGAACCAAGUAAAUAUCUUUAAAACGAAAAGGAUGAUAUUUAUGAAACUUUGCAGGCAAGUACAAUGACGCAUAACGCAUCUGAUGCCAUAUUUUUUGUUACUACUGUACUCUUGGUUUCACCGGAAAUACGGGUUAGGGAUUUUUUAGAUGCGAAUUUUACAAAUCGAUGGAUUGGACGUAGAGGAUUCAUAGAGUGGCCAGCUCGUUCUCCGGACCUCAACCCGUUAAAUUUUUUUCUAUGGGGUUAUCUAAAAUCGCGUGUUUACGUUAGACGACCAACAUGCUUGCAGGAUUUAAGACAAAGAAUUAUUGAUGAAUGUGAACUAAUACGUGGAAAAGUCUUGUAAAGAGUGACUCACGAAUUUAUUAAUAGACUUGUAUAUUG